GUGGAAGAGUGAGGUUACACGGAGAAGAGAUAAGUACCUGUGGUCAGCAGUCCAGAACAAUGGAAAUUGUGAAAAGGAGAUGAGGAAGCGUGUGCAGGCAGGAUGGAACGGGUGGAAAACAGUUUCAGGCGUGAUGUUUGAUAGAAGAGUUUCAGCUAAAAUGAAAGGAAAGGUAUAAAAAAACUGUGGUGAGACCAGAUUUAAAGAAAAGGAGGGAAUUUUCAUGUUUAAAAUCACCUAAAAAGCCUAAAACCAAUCCAAGAUAUGCUAAUAAGUUAUAUACUGUAUAAUACAGCUUCUUGGCAGAGAUGUGGUUGCUGAGGUUCUCAUUGGGAGUGACCAGGAUGGAUAGGAUCAGGAACGGGUACAUCAGAGGGACAUUACAUGUUAGAGGCCCCGGAGAUAAAGUCAGAGAGGCCAGACUGAGAUGGUUGGGACAUGGACCAAAGAGGAGGUUUAUGGAUGUAGUGAAGGAGGGCAUGAGGGUAGUUGGAGUGAGAGAGACAGAUGCAGAAGACAGGGUUGGAUGGAGGAGAUUGGUUUGCUGUGGUGGAAAAGCUCGAAGAGAAAGAAGAAGAAGAAGAAGCUUCCUGCAUGGUGAAUUGAAGCGGAUGUAUCCUUUUGCUUUGAGUUCCACUUUUGUAUUGUGAAAUCACUCCACAGUGGAUGAGUAACUGUGUCUCCAAGAAAACACAUCAAAAAGCCACUGUAUGCCCAUAAGUGUUCAUGCAGACCCAUGAUGAUGAUAAUCAUAAAAAUUGCAUUUACACAUGGUGUUUGAAUAGGUCCUCCAAAAACAAUAACUUAAAAAAGAAUAAAAAAUAAAAUAAAAAAAAAUUAAAUAAUAAAUUAAUUAAUUAAAAUUAAAAAAAACAUUUUAUUUAUUGGUAUUUAAUUUGUUAAUUUAACAAUAAUAAUAAAUACUAAUAUUGGUAUGCCUCAUUUACAUACAAAAUAAUUUUGACAGUCAUAAAAAAUGCCCUCUGUAACACAUUUCAACACCAUCAGAGCAGAAGUGUAUGUGUCCCGCUUAUCCUCACGAGGGUCGCGGGUAUGCUGGAGCCUAUCCCAGCUGUCUUUGGGCGAGAGGCGGGGUACACCCUGGACUGGUCGCCAGCCAAUCGCAGACGUGUGUGUGUGUCUUUGGGGUAUAAAACCUUGCAUCAGGAGAACAGCCCAUCACUUCCUUUCCGCUAAGAGGGUGUGCAACAGCAACUGAAGAGCUGACGUUCUCAAUCAUGGAUGAUGUCUCCUCCCUGGGUGAUUAUACGGACUUCAACAUUACCGAUUUAGACUUAAACUUCACUUUCCCCGACUUUCCCGACAUCAUGAUGCCCAAGAUUCAACCCAUCCAAAUUGUGGCCCUGACCUGCUACGCACUGGUGGUUGCCUUUGGCGUUCCCGGAAACGCCAUCGUGGUGUGGGUGACCGGCUUCAACAUGCCCCCGUCGGUCACGUCCAUCUGGUUCCUCAACCUGGCGUUGGCUGACCUCCUGUGUUGCCUCUCGCUGCCUCUUCUCAUGGUGCCUCUGGCCCAUGAUGACCAUUGGCACUUCGGCCCGCUGGCUUGCACGUUGGUCAAAGGCUUUUUCUACUUGGUCAUGUAUUGCAGCGUCCUGCAGUUGGUCUUCAUAAGUCUGGAUCGGUGCUUGCUGGUGAUCAGGCCAGUGUGGUGCCACAACAACAGGCGACCCAAGUAUGCUAUAGUAGGCUGCGUCGUAGUGUGGUGCCUGGCCCUCGUAGGGAGCAUCCCGCAGUUUGUCUACACCAGGGAGAUCACGCUGGGCGAACACAAGAAAGAGUGCCUGGUGGUGCACAGCAUAGAGAGCGCCUGGAUCGUUACUGUAUUCCGCUUUCUGCUCGGAUUCAUCCUCCCCCUCCUGGUCAUUGUGAUCUGUCACUGGGUGGUCUACAUGAGAGCCGAAAGUAAAAUGGCUCAAGGCAGGACUCGCUCCAAGCGAACGCUGAAGGUCAUCGUGGCCGUGGUGCUGUCUUUCUUCUUGUGUUGGCUCCCUCUGCAUAUCGUAGACUUCCUCCUCCUGGUAACGCCUCGGAAUUCCCCUCACAGUCCCUCUGUGUACCUGGCCCAUGUUCUGACGCUCUGCCUGGCGUACUUCAACAGCUGUCUCAACCCGCUACUUUAUGUGUGUCUGGGACGGGGUUUCAAAGACACCAUGAACCGCUCCUUGUGUAACAUCCUGCACUUGCUCAGCGAGGACCACACGCUCAAGAUCAGCAGCGCUAUUCAUGAAACCAAGGCUACAAGCUCCACAGAAAAGGAGGUGACCAAUGUGUGAUGGGGAGCAGACGCUGAUGCAACAUUGUUUCUAUGUCUUUUUCAAUGUUACAAUGUCUUUGACUGUCUGUUGUAUUUUUCAAAUACUCCGUGUUAUACUGCAAAUGGGAAAAUAAAUGCAAAAAGAACAGCCAAUAAACACAUUAUCCUUGUCUUAUGGAAUGAUUUCUAAAUUAUUCUAAUAAAGUAGCAAGGUACAGGUUUCAGUUGUAGGCUUAUUGAAGGAGUGCUUUUAAGAUGGUAUGAUGAUUGCUACAGAAUUGCUAAUGUUUGCUUCAUUUCCUGUUGGCGUUCAAGCUCAAAAACCAAAAAAACAAGGAAGCUUGCUGACUUGCUUCCACCCAUUUCCAAGUAAAUGAUUAUUAACUGAUGACAUUAUAUAAUGAAUUAGGUCAAGCAGUGAUGCAUUACUGAGGUCCUUUGAAAUGCCGCCAUCCAAUGUUACAUACAGUAGGUAGCAGCCAUUGCUGCUGCCUUCUGUUUUUGCUCUGUCCCCUCCUAUGAUGGUAUUGUUUUUGCUGUUGUCAGUGUCACAAAGGAUAGCAUUAUUUUGGUGUCUAUUCUUUCUUUCCUCCGCACCUCCCUUUUUCUGUUUCUGUUGUUGUUUGUGGUGUUCGGUUUUGCUCAUUUCUUUCUGUCUGUCCCCUUUUAAAGAAUGCCAUCAAUGCUCUUUACCUGGUUUUGCACUUUUUUGGAAUCAUUCACAAUCCUUAUGUGAAAAAUGAAGACACAUUUCUUUCCCUUUCUGUGCAUUCCAGGGCAUAUGAGCCUGGGAAAUACUUAUUUUGACGCUAAAGCCCUCACAAAAAAAAAAACUCCAACAGUGUUCAAUUUACUAAGCUUGUUUCUAAGCAUAUUUCAAAUUAGGAUUGUGAAUGAUGGUCAAAAUUUCCCCAAAAGUGCAGUUCCCCUUUAAGGAAUGAUAAUGUACCACUAUCAAUACUGCUGCUGUUGGCAUGAUUCUCUAUGCUGCCAUCUUCUGUUGUUGCUGGUUGUAAUUCUUCAAAUAACCGAGUGUAAAACUACCGAGAGAAAAGUUGCUUUAUUUUCUUAAAAACCACAUUCAUCCCAAACAAGGCCACAUCAUGGAAAUACAGGUGUACGGGUGUGCUGUCUCUUUAUUUGUAGUCAUGACUUUAAAAUGACCUCCGGAAUGAUGACUGACGAGCUUCAACGACAGCUGACAACAAUUUAAGUCAGUCACUAUGGACGUAGAGCGGCUAGAGCGACGCCUCAUCGCUUGAAUUUAUUUAAAGAGCUGAUAAAAAGCGAAGCAUGAUAGUACCGUGGAUUAUAUUCCUGUAACAUGAGUGGUCCUGUGCAAAAAAAAAAAAAAAAUGUGAGUCCUGCACAACACACGCUCAAAUUGCAAGGGUUGGGAGGCAAGGGAGUAUUAUUACUUAUAUUAUUAUUAUUAUUAUUAAUACAUUCAUUCUUUGUCAAGUGGCCCCAAAAAUUUCAAUUCUUUUUGUAUUUACAGUGCAUGAGUUUUCUUAUGAAAGUCGACUAAAUUCUGCUUAUGUCAGUUCCUGCCUUGGCUAUGAUUUGUGAGAGAACUCAAUGUAAACACACGUCAAAAAAAGAUAUUAUUUCACAAUGUGCUGGUUUAAAAUAACACAUCACCGGUCUUGCGUUUUAAGUCUGUUUGGGAGAAGACGCUGCCUAGAUUUAUGCUACGUCUGACUUUGAGAGAGGAUCUUUGCAAAGGCUUGUGCAAAGGUCUUGGGAACCAUCAGAUGUAUUCUUUAAGCUGACAUCAUGAUAUUUUAUGAGAUAUUUUAUUUUUGUUAUGCUACUUCCUGGUUCAUGAAACCAUUGCAUGCUUCUUUAUCCAGAUCCUCACCAUAAUUUAAUGUCUUCUUUGUAUUUUAUUGCACAAGUGUAUGUGUCCUGCUAUUUACUGCUUUGCACGUGUCAAAGGUAGCGGCGGCUACCGCACACAGUUUAGAAUAGGCUAGCAUGUGCAGGAAGGAAUUUACGACCCAUGAACCGAUGACUCAUUGAUAAUAAUUCCUUUGGACAUCAGCUCCAUAGCGAUAAUGUGGGCAUCGUCAACAUUGAGUAAUUUGGUAUCAAUUAACGUCACUUCGGGAAACAUCAAAGCCGAUCCAUUUUGAUGUGGAUGCUGGUUGGAAGCA